AUGGACAUACAGCAACUAUGGAAUGAUGACCCGGAGGAGCUUCUCUUGGACCUGGGCUUUGGCUGUGACGAACCCGACCUUUCUGGACGCAUACCGGCUCGAUUCAUCAAUCAUCAGUCUCAUGCCAGAGGAAUAAACAUCAAGGUGUUUCUGGAAGCCCAGCAGAGCCGACUGAACCUGGAGAACCCAGAUGUCCGCAAUCGUUUUAGAGAGCUUGAGGUUCUCCAGCAAGUGACCACAGCGUUCUCCGCCUUGAUGAAGCCAGCCUCCUCCACACCUCUCAUAGAACCGCUGCGUAAAGAACUGUCUCCUGAGGCCUUGGAGAAGAGGAGGCGCGUGGGCAGCCUGUUCAGAAGAUUAUCAAAGAAGACACUCAGCCAAAUGCACGAACAGAAAACCCAGAACAUAACCGCAACGGCUGCCAUGUCUUCACCCUGUGAUGCACCCGAGUCACUGCAACCUCCAAUCAGCCUCGGAGACAAAAACGUGGACUCAAAAAGAGGCAAACCUGGACUUCUGGAGACUCUGAGUCCUCUGGCAGAGGAAAAGGCAGCUGGUCCAGACCCUCAGACUAACAGUGCACAGGAAGGAGCAGAAGGCUGUCACCCCCUGACACACAACACUGUUUUACAAAGAAAGAAGAGCUCAGGACCGGCCAGGGAGUCGUUUGAAAUCGAAGAGAUCCAGAGUUUUGAUGAAAGUGUGACGGGGAGCUACACAGGAGGAGCCGAACAUUUAGCACAGGUUUUAAUACGGAGCAACAGCUGCCAGUCCGACAGCAGUGGUUUUCAAGAGGAGCCCAUCAUCCCCCCUCUUUCACAGCAGGCCCCUCCAGGAGCUGAUGUCAUCAAGGCUAUGUCCGGCCUGUCAGGAGGGAACACCGAGAGCCAGAGCACUGAGGACCAGAGCACUGAGAACCAGAGCACUAAGAACCAGAGCACUGAGGACCAGAGCACUGAGAACCAGAGCACUGAGGACCAGAGCACUAAGAACCAGAGCACUGAGAACCAGAGCACUAAGAACCAGAGCACUGAGAACCAGAGCACUGAGAACCAGAGCACUAAGAACCAGAGCACUGAGAACCAGAGCACUGAGAACCAGAGCACUAAGAACCAGAGCACUGAGAACCAGAGCACCGAGAGCCAGAGCACUGAGGACCAGAGCACUGAGGACCAGAGCACUGAAGACCAGAGCACUGAGAACCAGAGCACUAAGAACCAGAGCACUGAGAACCAGAGCACUGAGAACCAGAGCACUGAGGACCAGAGCACUGAAGACCAGAGCACUGAGAACCAGAGCACUAAGAACCAGAGCACUGAGAGCCAGAGCACUGAGAGCCAGAGCACUGAGAACCAGAGCACUGAGAACCAGAGCACUAGGAACCAGAGCAAUGAGUUCCAGAGCACUAAGAACCAGAGCACUAGGAACCAGAGCACUAGGAACCAGAGCACUGAGGACCAGAGCACUGAGGACCAGAGCACUGAGAUCCAGAGCACUAGGAACCAGAGCACUGAGGACCAGAGCACCUUCAUCAGUCUGUCGCCCUUCCCCUCCUCUUGUCUCGUUGCGUCGCCCAAAAUCCGAUCUGCAAAAUUCGGCGACUGA